UGCGACCCCGCCGCCGCCGUACACCUCCACCUGCGGAGAUACGAGAGAUCCGGUGCCGCGGAUGGGAAAGGCAGUCGGUCUGUGCUCUCCGUGCCUCCCUUCGCCAAGGAGCUGCACCUGGAGAUUGUCUGCUCGCCUGCCUACAGCGCCCGUGGAGGAUACGACCGGGUCCUCUACAAGCACUUUGAAAUGCCCCGGCUUGUCCAGGAGAGAGACAUCCUAUGUGUUCCAACAUUUGGAUAUGCUGAGUUUUUAGAAGUAAAUGCAAACAAAUUCCUAAGGUGGCCAGAGCUUUACUUCAAAGUGAGGAAGAUUUUAGGCAAAGUGGAAGGCGAGGAGUCUGAGGGUUACCUGGUGGACACCCAGAACACCUCUCUCUAUCUGGUGGGUUCAACAAACAGCGCUGUUCCAUCUGCCCCAGCCUAUAACAGCCAUGAGUUUUGGAGCAGUUUGUCUCCUGCUGGACUUUCUGAUGUCGUGAAGCAGCUCUGUGAUGCUCUUCGGCCUCACCUGAACAGUUGGGCAAGUGCACUGAGCGGGCCUGGCAGUGUUCUUCUCUCUGGGCCAAGCGGCAGUGGGAAACUGAUGGCUGUCAGAGCUGUGUGUAGCUGUCUCAACCUCCACCUCUUCAAGGUUGAUUGCGUCAGUUUGUGCAGUGACACCAGUGGGGCCACAGAGGAGAAAGUACAGAUGGCCUUUACCCAGGCCCAGCAGUAUCAUCCCUGUGUGCUCCUGCUGAAAGACAUCGAGGUUCUUGGCAGAGACCGGGACAGGCUAGGAGAGGAUGCCAGGGUCAUCGCCACUCUGAGACACCUGCUUCUGGACAGAGACUCAGCGUUGAGCCACCCUGUCCUGGUGAUUGGCACAACCUGCAAGCCCCAGGAUAUUCCUACGGAUGUGCAGACUGCUUUCCUUCACGAGGUGAAAAUUGAAGCCCCUUCAGAAGAGCAGAGAAAGUCGAUGCUGAGCAUGCUGACUGCCAGUCUGCCUCUGGGCAAAGAAGUGAGCCUAUCCAAGCUGGCCCGCAGGACUGCAGGUUUUGUGCUGGGAGAUUUCUGCGCCUUGUUGUCCUACAGCAGCCAGGCUGCUUGUACCCGCAUCCAGGCCUUGAGUUUUCCAGGCGGACUGAGCGAGGAAGUGGAGAGAGAUUUUUGCACUGCUGGGUUCCCAGUACUCGAGGAGGAUUUUAGUGUUGCGCUGGACCAGCUGCACAAUGCCCACUCGAAGGCAGUGGGAGCUCCAAAGAUCCCCUCUGUGUCCUGGCAGGAUGUUGGUGGGCUACAAGAGGUGAAGAAGGAGAUCCUGGACACUAUCCAGUUGCCCCUGGAGCAUCCUGAGCUGCUGUCACUGGGUUUGUGCCGCUCUGGUCUGCUGCUGUAUGGGCCUCCAGGGACAGGGAAGACCUUGCUGGCAAAAGCUGUGGCAACCACAUGUGCCAUGACGUUCCUUAGUGUGAAAGGGCCAGAGCUCAUCAACAUGUACGUUGGGCAAAGUGAGGAGAACGUGCGUAAUGUGUUUGCCAGAGCCAGGGCAGCUGCUCCUUGCAUUAUUUUCUUUGAUGAACUGGAUUCCCUGGCCCCCAGUCGUGGGCGGAGUGGAGAUUCAGGGGGUGUCAUGGACAGAGUUGUCUCGCAGCUCCUGGCUGAACUUGAUGGCCUUCAUUCCACCAGAGAGGUAUUUGUCAUUGGAGCUACCAACAGGCCUGAUCUCCUGGACUCAGCUCUGCUCCGGCCAGGCAGGUUUGACAAGCUGGUCUAUGUGGGCAUAAACGAAGACCGGGAGUCGCAGCUGCAGGUGCUGAGCGCCGUCACCAGGAAGUUUAAACUGGAUCCUUGUGUGAAUCUCACCACCAUCCUAGAAAAAUGCCCAGCUCAGCUGACAGGAGCAGACAUCUACGCCCUGUGCUCAGACGCCAUGAUGUGCGCUGUCAAACGCAAGGUGGAAUGGAUCGAGGAAGGGCUGGAUACCGAGAGCUCUGCUCUGAUCCUGACAAUGGAAGACUUCCUGCAGGCUGCUGCGAGCUUGCAGCCAUCAGUCUCUGAGCAGGAGCUGCUCAGGUACAGGCUCAUCCAGCAGAAGUUUGCUGCCUGCUAAUGCUCAGCAGAGCCGGGAGGAGUGACGGGGAGAGUGUGUUAAGGGGUGCGAGAGAACAGGUACAAACAGGCACCUGCCUGCUCUUCUCGUCUCCUGGGCUGCCUCCUUUUGAGCUUGAGUAGAAGUGGCUGUGCAGUUUCUUGAGCCAAAGCCUGGUGGAAGCACUGCUCUGCUCAGCCAAGCUGGCGUUGGGUUCUGUAACGCCCCCUCACAUCUCAGGGAGCACUUUAUGGUGCUGGGAGCAUAUCGGGGUGACUUCCCUGUAGGGAGGAAGCUGUCUCAUGGUUGUGAGCAAUGUAGGAGUGUCUGUGUGACAGAGCACUGGGGGAAACAAGGCCCAGACUACUCCUGUCUUGGCAGCAAGAGUGGGGCUGGAGGCAGUUGCUUGUUGGGGUGGUCAGCCCCCAGUGAGGAGUGCUGGCUGGAGGGCAGCAGGACACGGCACUGCAGCUGCACCUGAGCUAGGAUCAACACGGUCUCUCAAUAAAUACAUUUUUUUGGCACUAGG